AAAAUGUUAAAAUCCUUUGGUAUUAUUUCUGGUUUUGUUUUACUUAGUUAAGGAAAGGUUAAUUCAUUAACAGAGAAUUUUAAUGCAUCUAGACAUGCUUUAUGCAUUUUAUUUCCAGAUUUUAAUUCAGGAGUGAAUGGUGUUGUUUCAUUUUCAUAAGAGCAUAUUAAUUCAAAAACAAAGAUUGCUGCAGUAGUAAGAGGAUUAAAGCCAAAUAGUUUACAUGGUAUUCACAUUCAUGAAUAUGGUGAUUUAAGUAAUGGUUGUACAACUGCUGGAUCUCAUUAUAAUCCUUUUGGACAUGAUCAUGGAGGUCCAUUAGAUGAGAAAAGACAUAUAGGAGAUCUAGGAAAUAUAAAAACAGAUGAAAGAGGAAAUGGAUAUUUGACUUAUGAAGAUAAUUAGAUUUAAUUAUAUGGAGAAUAUAGGUAUAAAUUUGAAUAAAUAAAUUAAGUAUUUUGGGUAGAUCAGUUGUUGUACAUGCAGGUUAAGAUGAUUUGGGAAGAGGAAAUUAAAAAGAAUCAAAAACAACAGGAAAUAGUGGGGCUAGAUUAGCUUGUGGAGUUAUAGGUUUAGCUUCAGGAUUUAAGAAUUUAUAACCAUAUAAAUGAUAAUUAAUAUAUAAC